CGGCCGGUGCGGAGGGGGCGGGGCUGGGGCGCUCGGAGGCGGGCGCGGCGCGCACUGACUAGACUCCGCUUGGUACAGGGCCGGUCCCACAGCACCCGCCGAACGGCAACCAUGAGCGAUCGGAAGGCGGUGAUCAAGAAUGCGGACAUGUCCGAAGAGAUGCAGCAGGACUCCGUGGAGUGUGCUACUCAGGCCUUAGAGAAGUACAACAUCGAGAAGGACAUUGCGGCUCACAUAAAGAAGGAAUUUGACAAGAAAUACAAUCCCACUUGGCACUGCAUUGUGGGAAGGAACUUUGGCAGCUAUGUGACUCAUGAGACCAAGCACUUCAUCUACUUCUACCUCGGCCAAGUUGCUAUUCUUCUUUUCAAGUCUGGUUAGAACCAUGAACUGUUACUGAAACUUGCACCUGGUUACAGGACUGCACACUAACUCCAAGCAGCCUCCUACCUUCAGCCUUCCUGAGGAAACAGACCUUGAUCUUCAGGCCUUUUGUUGUAUUGUUAACGGUCAGGGAUUUUGCUGUAGCAGCUGGUAUUUUAAUUUUGGUUAUAAAAAAAGGUUAAAAUGUCUUCCUUGUAUUUAUUUUCUUUCAAAAGAUUGCUUCUUUGCUAAUAAAACCUUGGAUCCUUUGUUUA